AAACCAUCAAAUAACCCGAAAGAAAAAAACCCAUCCAAUAACCUGGGGAGCAAAGGAGGGAAAGUUGUGCGUGUCCCUGCGCGCCGGGAGGGCGGAGGGUGCCCCACCAGUUGAUUUUGCAUCCUGCCUUGUGCCUUCGCCGGCUUUUCUUGAUAUAUUUUAUUUAUUUUCUGCAACAGGGAAUAAACAGCUUGUCCUCCUUGCUGCAAGAUGAAUUAGGAAGGCAAAGCCUCUUCCUCUGAGCCAUGGAGACAAGGGCAUCCUUCAUUGCCAGCAUGAGAGAGACCCAGCACCUCUCCCCAGAGCAGGAUCCCAGCCCAGCCAACGGCGAUGGGGAGCAGUUUGAUUCAGAUGAGGGCUCCAGCAUUGAGGACACAGACUUCAACUGGGAUGAGUUCCUGGAGGAAACAGGAGCCAGUGCUGCUCCCCACACCUCCUUCAAACACGUUGAAAUCAGCCUUCAAAGCAGUUUCCAGCCAGGGAUGAAAUUAGAAGUGGCCAGCAAGAGCAAUCCAGACACGUAUUGGGUGGCUACGAUCAUCACCACCUGUGGGCAGCUCCUGCUGCUCCGUUACUGUGGCUACGGAGAUGACCGCAGGGCAGACUUCUGGUGUGAUGUGAUGACAGCAGACCUGCACCCCGUGGGCUGGUGCACGCAGAACAACAAGGUCCUGAUGCCUCCAGAUGCAAUCAAAGAGAAAUACAUGGACUGGACAGAGUUUCUCAUCCAGGAUCUGACCGGCGCCAGGACGGCCCCUGCGAAUUUGCUGGAAGGUCCUCUGCGAGGAAAAAACCCUGUAGACCUCAUUACAGUUGAUUCCUUAAUAGAGCUGCAGGAUUCCCAGAAUCCCUUUCAGUACUGGAUAGUUAGUGUGGUUGAAAAUGUUGGAGGAAGAUUACGCCUUCGCUAUGUGGGAUUGGAGGAGACUGAAUCCUAUGACCAGUGGUUGUUUUACUUGGAUUGCAGACUUCGACCAGUCGGUUGGUGUCAAGAGAAUAAAUACAGAAUGGACCCACCUGCAGAUAUCUAUUCUCUGAAGACUAUAACUGAGUGGAAAUGCGCUCUGGAAAAAUCCCUUAAUGAUGCAGCAAAUUUUCCUCUUCCAAUGGAAGUGUUUAAGGACCAUGCUGAUUUGAGAAACCACUUCUUCACUGUGGGGAUGAAGCUGGAGGCAGUGAAUAUGAGGGAGCCCUUUCAUAUCUGUCCUGCAUCAGUGACCAAGGUUUUUAACAAUCAUUAUUUACAAGUGACCAUUGAUGACUUGAGACCUGAACCCAGCAACAUCUCGAUGCUUUGCCAUGCGGAUUCCUUGGGAAUCUUGCCAAUACAGUGGUGCCUUAAAAACGGAGUCAAUCUCACACCUCCCAAGGGUUACUCUGGUCAGGACUUUGACUGGGCAGACUACCAGAAGCAGUGUGGAGCCGAGGCAGCACCUCAACUGUGCUUUAGAAAUACAUCCUUCAGCCGUGGCUUCACCAAGAACAUGAAGCUGGAGGCGGUGAACCCCAGGAACCCUGCAGAGAUUUGUGUGGCUUCCAUCACCUCGGUGAAAGGCCGGUUGAUGUGGCUGCACCUGGAAGGUUCACAGAUGCCCUCUCCAGAGUACAUUGUUGAUGUGGAGUCUAUGGACAUUUUCCCUGUCGGUUGGUGUGAAGCAAAUGCUUAUAACCUCACCCCACCACACAAAGCUGUUUUGCGAAGGAAGAGAAGAAUUGCAGUUGUGCAACCAGAAGAACAGUUACCAUCCUCAGUGCCUGUUGAGAAAAUACCUCAUGACCUCUGCCCGGUUCCUCAGCCAGACACGACAGGCACCAUCAAUGGGAGAUACUGCUGCCCCCAGCUCUACAUCAACCACCGCUGCUUCUCAGGUCCAUAUUUAAACAAAGGCAGGAUCGCAGAGCUACCUCAGUCUGUGGGGCCUGGCAAGUGUGUGCUGGUCCUCAAGGAGGUUCUCAGCAUGGUGAUCAAUGCAGCUUAUAAGCCAGGGAGUGUUUUACGAGAACUGCAGCUUGUGGAAGACCCUCAGUGGAAUUUCCAGGAGGAAACACUAAAAGCAAAGUACAGAGGGAAGACGUACAGGGCGACCGUGAAGAUCGUGCGGACGUCGGACCAGGUGGCAGAUUUCUGCAGGAGGGUCUGCGCAAAGCUCGAGUGCUGCCCCAACCUCUUCAGCCCUGUGCUGGUGGCCGAAGUCUGCCCUGAGAACUGCUCCAUCCACACCAAAACCAAGUACACUUAUUACUAUGGGAAGAGGAAAAAAAUCAUUAAGCCACCAAUUGGGGAAAAUAACAACACGAAAAGUGGCCAUGUCAAGCCAGCCAGACGCAGAAAGAGGCGGAAAUCCAUCUUUGUGCAGAAGAAAAGGAGGUCUUCAGCUGUGGAUUUGAAUGCUGCAGCCUCUGCAGAGGAGAGCGAGGACGACGAGCCGGACGCGAUGGAGGAUGAGACGGGGAGCGAGGAAACGAGCUCGGAGCUGCGGGAUGACCAGACGGACACAUCCUCAGCCGAGGUGCCCUCCACCAGGCCCCGGCGAGCGGUCACCCUGCGGAGCAGCACCGAGCAGGACAGGCCUCCUCCCAUGGAGAGAGCCCGCCGGAGCCGGAGACCCCAGCCCCACGCCUACAGCGAGGCAGAGAAGGGCACGCAAGCCAAGGAAGAAAUUAAGCAAGAAGAGGAAGAGAAGCUUGUCCUGGACAGUAACCCACUGGAGUGGACUGUGACUGAUGUCGUGAGGUUUAUUAAACUCACUGACUGUGCACCCCUUGCCAAAAUAUUUCAGGAGCAGGACAUCGAUGGCCAGGCCCUCCUGUUGUUGACGCUGCCCACGGUGCAGGAGUGCAUGGAGCUGAAGCUGGGUCCAGCCAUCAAACUGUGCCACCAGAUCGAGCGAGUAAAAGUUGCUUUCUAUGCACAGUAUGCCAACUGACUGCAGUUCUCUGUUCCUUCCUGUCCUCCUCCUUGUUCCCUGUCUUUUUUUAACAUCUCAGCUUGUUCAAGAGAUUUUCUUCCCCCAUAUCCUUUUUCUUUUCUGAGAGCAAGUGGAAUUGGAAGCACUGGGAAUUAACCCAUAGCGGGGAAGAAAAACACAAAAGAAAACUAGCAACAAAUGGAACUAAUUUUUCUGUACUUGUAAAGCACAUGGAAGGACUGCUGGCAUCUCUUCUCCUGAGCCUCUCCAACCCAUUGCCCAGUGGUGCAAGGCCAGCACGGAUCAGGUGGUUUGUCACCAAACCAAACCUACCAGUGGCAGACACAUUCCCUAGGAGAAGGGUCAGACGUUCCCAGAUGGUGAUGCUUUGUCUAGGACAAUUUCUGGACAUGAACAUUUCUUUUAGAUAACUCUGACACUCUUCUUUCAUAUUGAAAUGUAAGUGAUCAUUUGUAGCAUUACCUGGGGUUUAACUGCAAAUUUGAUCUUGGUGAUCAAUGGGCUUUUUUUUUUUUCUUUUCUUUUCUUCCACCUCUCUUGUUUUACAAAAGGAAAAAGUGUUACACCAGGCUACGCUGGUAAUUCCUGAGUCAGUUUUGAAAGGGGACUCAACCCAUGGUCUCUCUGAUAUCAAAGUUGCAGUGAACUGACAGGGGUGACACAGGACCUGGUGGGGCAGCAGAACAUCCUGAGCCACGCUGGCUCUGCACAAUCAGCUGAGUAUCUCUGUGAUGGGAUCUGUACAACGCUGCAUUCUUGUACAGGAACAUGAAGGCUUUCAACCUGACUUUUAGCCAUAUGGUGACAGCAGACUGGGAUCAGGGACUCCUGCUUACCCCUGUGCUCAGAAGAACCUACUGACCAACACCAGGCUGCACCUGCUGCGUUCUCCUUCUUUGGUUUCCUUCUUAAAUUCUUUGGAGAAGAGAGGCAACCUUGAGAAAUAAAUACUCUGGAAUAGAUCUAAAUCUUGCCCAUCGAGUGUGUUAGGCAAGAAGCAUUGACUCUCUUUGCUAUGCAUCACUUGGGAAUUCCUAGCUGGUCUUUCAGUGAGUUUCCUGAUUUGCCACUGAGGAAUGGGAUGGGUGCAACUGCUGCAGGCUGGACCAGAUGCUGAGACAUUCAUCAGAAAUGUUCUUACAUGGGAGAUGGACAGGACUGGAUCUGUUCUCAGCUGUUGUUUUGUACUGAAGAUCUUGUUCAAGUUUUAAUCCGUUCAAGGGAGUAUUAGUUGCCUCUGCAUCAAAUGGUGGGGUUUUGUUCUUCAGAAGUCCAGGAACAUGGUUCUGUAGCGGGGCAGAUACUAAAAAAACCUGGGUUUUAGACUGGAUUUCCUACUGACAGUAGCAGUGAAAUGGGUCACUGCAACUGUUUGAGAACUACUUUGGAUCCCUCUCAGGGUCCCCUAAAAAUGUUGCUCCUUGUUUCACCUCUGAAAGACAGAAGGAUUGCACCCAGCAAAGUGAGAGCACAGCUGAGAAAAUCAGGGAGGCUGCUUCUCCCAUCUCCUCCUUGCUUCAGCCCAGUCCUGGUGUUACAGCUGUCAGCAGGAGACAGCUCUUGGGAGGAUUCUGUCAGGAGAACUGGCGCAUGAGGACAUUCCAAGGAAGGGAAGCAGAAAGGCUGUUUGCUGAACAGCGUUCCAGCACCAAUCCUUUACUCGUCACAUCCAGCUUCUUUUGCUGCUCUGAUGGUCUUGGAGUUUCUGGCCUCUGGGAUUUGUCAGAGACAUUUAAUGCCUUCUGGGACACACUGCAAAAAUGUCAUUUUUUGUCUCCAUCAGCCUUGUAACUGUAGAUAUUCCUAUGGCAGCUAAUUCCUCGUGGAGGCACAAUCGGGGAGCAGACACACACAGACUCUGAGAGCAGCCAGCUCUAGUCCUGGCCAAGCAGGGAAUGGGUGAAGCAUAGAGCCAAGAACAUGGGAAUCUUUACUGAUUGUUCAGGGAAGUUUAAUCAUAUUGAAAACUCGAACUAUUAAACAACAACAAAAAAGUUCUAAUUUUACCUUGAGCUGGCUCUUUUAUUUCCACAGGUUUCUCUCUCCUCACCAUUUGUCUUUCACUUUACUGUUCAGCAGUGUUGCCUCAUUUAUCACUCUCUGUCCUUUCAGAGAAGUUGAUAAGCUAAAUCUUUAUGCUAAAAUUACCUUGGGUGGUAAAUGCUUUACUGUUUAUUUUUAGUCUGCAGGUUGGAAAGAGAUAUGGGAUUGGGGUACUGUUGUCUGUUGCAUUGAUUGCUUUCCAGAAAAGCUGGAGCUGAACUUCUUUGGCCGUUUCUUACACAAGUGGAGAAUGGUUGGUGUGUGGUUUAACUGGACAAUGUGCUCAGAUUGAGCAGAGAUCAGAAGGAACUAAUCACUCUUGCCUGGACUUCAUUUAAAUUCUGGAACAUCAGUAAAGCUUUGGAGUAAUGUAUUUCAAAGGAGAUGAUGGAAAUCCUAUCUUGCUAGGGUAAAAUGCCACUUUACUUGGCAAAGUAGAAGUAUAAACCACUGUAAGUUUGGGGGUGUUUUUGGUCCAGACCUGAUUGAUUGUAAGUUAAAUUCAGAGCUGCUGCUGCUUCACAGAUACACGAAUGACAGUGGUGAAGCCACAUCUUCUCGCCUCCCUGUCCUGAAUUUGGCACCUAGGCCUGAAGUUUAUUGUGUUACCAGCUGCAAAAGGCCACUGCUGUGAAGUGCUGAACUCAUGGUUAUCCAAGGCCGUUGCCAAGGGCUGGGGAGCAGCCCUGCUGUUGGAUGCUGACCUUCAGCAUACUGACACAGAAGGCUUUGCAGGUGUUACUGGACUCUCUUUGGGCAUAGGACCAAAGAUAGGCAUUUUUGGAACAAAAAGAGGGGGCUGAAGAGUGUGUGGUGCCUGCCCAUCGUCAUCUGCACUGGCUUCUUUGGAGCUUGCGCUCAUCAGGCUGAACAGGUCCAUGGGCAGGUCCCUGCUCCUUUCACAACCUUUGCCUUGAGAUUAUCAGCCAAUUCCCACUUUGCAGGCCCAAAGCAUCCAUCUCUGAAUUGAAUGAAAUCAAUAACUUAAGGAAUGUCCAUGAUUCCCUGGCUGGUUGUCCUGCCUUCCUCCUGCUGUCAUGGAUGCUCUUCAAGAAAAGUGGUCUUUGGUUUCAGGGCUUCUCUUCCUUUUUCAGUUCACAAACACAGCUCCCAUCCAGACUCUCAUUUUUUAACUCAGUGCCAGGAUGACCAAGCCCUGGCUUUUCCUACCUCUCAGAGGCAUGAAGUCCCCUCAGCUCUGAGAGGGAUUUCAGGGUCUCCAGCUCUUUUGUGUUACCUAUAUUCCGUAAUCCUUGAUAGUUUGGUCCUGCAGGGUGCAGAAACUGCCUAAAAAUGCUGUGUGCCCUCAGGAAACACCAAAAUCCAAGCACACCCUGUCCUUAGUGAAGUAUCCAGUAGGUACAUGUCCUAGCUGAGAUGGCCUGACCCACACUGCCAGAGGUAUUUGGAUACUUGCUGAGAUGUACACAGUUUGUAAGUGGGACACCUAAACUCCUUUAUUUUACUCUGGGCAAACAGCUAAUUUGCCUUAACCUGGAAAGUCGCCAUUCCUUGGCUUUGACCUUCGGCCUUUUGCAGUCCCAGUUGUGUGGUGUCCCUGUCUCAGCCCUCUGAAGGCAAACCAGGCAAUGCUGGGCUGCCAUCAUCAGCAUUCAGUCACCUUAAAGCCUGCCUUGGUCUUGUCAGGGCACAGAAUGGAAUUUGGCAGAGCUGCUGUGCUGUGUCCGUGUUUCAGACGCUCCGUACAAUCAGGGCACUUCAGAUACUUUCUGCUUUCCUGGUGCAGUGCAUCUGGAAAAUGAUGAACUCAGAGUGUUCCUCUCAUUUCCAAAUUCAAGUGCCAAAAGAGAAGAACAUGCUGCGACUGAACUCCAUUAAAACCAGCUUUAUUGCACGUGGAUAAGUACGGUCCCAAGGGCUCCAUUUUGGUGCUAAGAUAAUGUCACGCUGUAUUUUCCAUCGCUUGGGAUUGCAAAGCUGAUUCCUUAUUCCAGGAAAUACUUUCUGUAAUCUGCAACAUCUUGAACAUUAGGAUUUUUUUUUUCUUGUGACUGUACACUUUCUAACUUUGAUACACUCAACAAAUACCCCUUCACCCACAAUCCUGUGAGUUUUGGAGAUGUUUUAUACAGUAUAUUCAUGUAAAAAUUCUUUCAAAAUGUGGAUGCAUGUAUAUUUUCCUCUCAGUAAUAUUCUUCAUCGCAUCAGCUGACCCAGAACUAAAGGAAUCUGUUACUUAGGAUUUGAUCCAGAAAUAACUGAGGUUAGCAUUAGGGCCCUCACCGAUGUGUGGGCUGUGGGACCAAAUCUUCACCAAUUUCUCUCACUUAGAAGUCAAAAAGUCUGUGCUUAAUUAACAGAAAAUUUAAAUGCCUCCUUCUCCUAGAAGGCAGAAAUGCAGCUGCAAUCUGCCAGGCAUCACAAGAGAGGGCUCAUGUCCUUAGGUGCUCAUGAACUCCCAGUAAAGGAGCAGAGGCCUUUAAUGGUCUCAUUUAUUCUUUGGUACAAUACUCCAGCAAGAAGUGUAGAUGGUGUUAAUGGCUGCAUGUAGAAUAUGAGCCAGUCAUCAAAGAUGAGAAUUUUAUAGCCCAGCAGUCCUUUAAAUGUCAGCUGUCCUGCAGGAGAAGAGUGGUUUUGCAGGGGUUUGGUGCUGUGCACAGGAAUUCUCUCGCAGAUGUGAACUGCACAAACCUGGGUCAUAGUUACAAAUACUUGUGGCCUUUUUUUGGGUUUUUUUUGUCUAUUGUGUUAAUUUUUACAGUGAAAAAGGUAAGUCUUGAUGACUGCCAGGGAUGUGGGAGAGGGGAGAGGGGGCUUCAGGAAGGAAAGAAGCUGGAGUUCUGGGUUUGAGGUGUCUUUGUGGAGAGGGACCUCUCACAACAGAAGCACAGCUGGGGUCUGUGAGCAUCAUUCCUGAAAGCUUUUCUUUUCACAGCAGAGAUGGUUUUUGAGUCCCAGCAGGGGCCAGGUGAGAGGAGGGAAGGAAGCUGGCAAUAGACUCAGUUCUUCAAUGCUGAAAGGUUCUAAUUGUGUUUUCCCUGUGGAGGUACAGAAAUUUGGCUCAGAUGUCUCUAGGCUCCUUGGCUGGAUAGAAGGGAAAAUCAGUCUGUCUUGUACCUAAUUCCUGUGUGUCUUGUGGGGUUAGGGGGCUGAAGACUGUUGUCUUGCACCUUCCAGACCUCCAUAGGAAAUACCAGGCUAAAACUUGAGCUGUCUCCCACAGGAAAAGGCGACAUUGCCCUGAGUUCAGGUUGUGGAUCAGUGUUCUGGUGUGAGAGGAUGAAAAUGCUCAUUGCCAGGGCACCCCACCUGCUUCUUGUGGCUCCAGCCUCACUGGAGAUGAUGGACAUAUAAAUGUCCAUAAUUUAUACAUUGUACAUGUGUGCAUUCCAUUUCCCAGUCCCUCUUCUGCCAGACCUGGUCAGGGUGUGCCAACACAUGCAGUUACUCCAGCAGCCUUUGCCUUCAGGGACCUGCUUGCUGGAAGACUCCUUGGGAAUGGUACCAUGACACUUCCACAUGCACAGGCAGGGGUGUCCUGUGUGGACCAAGAGAGGUGAAAGUCUCAAAUGCAGCCUUGGAGGGGAGUUGAGUCUUUUCAUGUGCCUUGUGUAGGACAAGGCAAGCGCUUAAACCCUCCUGUCUCUCACGGAACAGCAGGAAUUUGCUCCACAACCAGCAGUUAUGCUCCAUUCGUGGUGGUGCACGUUGGAAAACUUCAAAUUGUUUUGCAUUCCAGUUUGUACUGAAGGUUUUGACUCCAAGUUUGUGUACAUAAUCCCUUUGGUGUGUUGAUACGUAUGUGCGUGUAUAUAUAUGUAUAUAUAUGUGCGUGUAUAUGUAUGUGUAUAUAUAUAUACAUAUAAAUCAAUCAAUGCUGGUGUUUUUACUUUUUAAAGUUCCCAGGGCGAAGGGCAUGUUGUCAGUUUGCUGUAAGAUUCUAUUCUGUAUAUAUGUUUUCAUGUAAAUAAGUGAAAAUCUAUAUUCAGAGUUAUAUUUUAAUUUUUAUUCAGAAUGAAAUCCCUUUUUACUUGAAACAGUUGUAAGCCACGUUGUUAAUAAAGUAACAAUAAGUCA